ACCAAAAAUACGAUUGCGUUCGAAACAUAAACCCUUAUCUCUCCCUCAGGGUUCGGACCUCGCUCACCCUUUGCCGCUUCUUCCAACAUCUUUGGUUUUAAUUGUAUUAUCUAAAUUGACGGUGUUAUGGGAAGCGAAGAUGCGAAAGAUCCGUUGAAAGGGGUGGAUUGGAAAGCUGUUGGUGGUGAUAUGCAGCGAAAUCCGAGUGUUCAACCAACUUUGAAGAAACGACUUCCCAAGAGAGUUAGGCAAAUUCCAGAAUAUUAUUAUCUUCCUAAAUGGCCACUACCCUCUGCCAUCUUAUUCUGUAGUGCAUGUAUUGCUGGUGGAGUUGGCGCUGGAAUGUUAGUGGAGGCCUGGAUUCACAAGAAAGUUAAAGAAGAUGGAGGGGUGAUAUGGGAGUUUGACAAAUAAACUCUUGAUGUUGGUGCUACCAAUGCACGUACAUGGCUGCCUCUCUUGCAAUCCUCAAACUUUUCCAUAAUUAUUAGUGUGAUCCAGAAGUAUCUUGUUCUUAACUAGACCCUGUUGCCUGAAUCAGUUGACAGGUUUAUGACUUCUUGUUCAAAUUUGUGAAACAAAGAAGUUUUUUAACAAGGAAACAUUAAAACAGCAACUAGAUGGACAUAGUUUAUGGUUUCAAUUCAUACCUAUUCAGUUAUUGUAUGAUCUUAAUUUCUUUUGCUGAUUAUAAGCAGUAAAAAGAUUAGAAUUUGAGGUCUCAGAAAGUGCAUUUAUGAUUAUU